ACAAUAUCGUUGGGACACGACAAGCGGAACUACGAGUCCCCAUCGGGCUUUGCGCGGCUCCGGCUGGGCAGGAUUCCGGACAACGCCUGGUUCCUCUCGGGUCCUUCCGGCGUCGCCGGAGUGAAUUGAUCCGGGAGUUGAAGAGGGCUGCAAAGGUGGGAAGUGAAGUCUUGCCCCUCAGUUGCCGGUCAGUGCAUUUUUGUGUUCCAUUUGGUACUGUACACAAAAAGCAAAGAAAGAUUGCAGUGAAUGAAGAUUCCUCUGUAUUUUAGACUGCUUUUUCUACUGUAGUUGGCUUUUGAAUGAGGAUGACAAUGGAAGAGAUGAAGAAUGAAGCUGAGACCACUUCCAUGGUUUCUAUGCCCCUCUAUGCAGUCAUGUAUCCUGUGUUUAAUGAGCUAGAACGUGUAAAUUUGUCUGCAGCUCAGACAUUGAGAGCCGCUUUCAUUAAGGCUGAAAAAGAAAAUCCAGGUCUCACACAGGACAUCAUUAUGAAAAUUUUAGAGAAAAAAAGUGUGGAAGUUAACUUCACAGAGUCCCUUCUCCGGAUGGCAGCUGAUGAUGUAGAAGAAUAUAUGAUUGAACGACCAGAGCCAGAAUUCCAAGACCUGAAUGAAAAGGCACGAGCCCUUAAGCAGAUUCUCAGUAAGAUCCCUGAUGAGAUCAAUGACAGAGUGAGAUUUCUACAGACAAUCAAGGAUAUAGCUAGUGCAAUAAAAGAACUACUUGAUACAGUGAAUAAUGUCUUCAAGAAAUACCAGUACCAGAACCGCCGGGCACUUGAACACCAAAAGAAAGAAUUUGUAAAGUACUCCAAAAGUUUCAGUGAUACCCUGAAAACAUAUUUUAAGGAUGGCAAGGCAAUAAACGUGUUCAUAAGUGCCAACCGACUAAUUCACCAAACCAACUUGAUACUUCAGACCUUCAAAACUGUGGCCUGAAAGUUGUACAUGUUGAGAGUUGUACUUCUCAGUGGCAGUGAUGAACUGCCUUUAUCUGUAAAUUUUAAAGUUGGACUGUAUAAAUGAUCAGCCCUCCUGAAGGGAUCUAAUCCAGGAUGUUGAAUGGGAUUAUCGCCAUCUUACACCAUAUUUUUGUAAAAUGUAGCUUCAUCAUAAUCUCACACUGAAGAUUUUGCAUCACUUUUGCUAUUAUCAUUCUUUUAAGAAUUAUAAGCCAAAAGAAUUUACGCCUUAAUGUGUCAUUAUAUAACAUUCCUUAAAAGAAUUGUAAAUAUUGGUGUUUGUUUCUGACAUUUUAACUUGAAAGCGAUAUGCUGCAAGAUAAUGUAUUUAACAAUAUUUGGUGGCAAAUAUUCAAUAAAUAGUUUACAUCUGUUAAA